UUUCAGUCAAUCCAAGAUAUCCAACAUUACUCCUAUAUAACCCCCAACCCUCCUCUCCCUCCCUCUUUACCCAUCUCCUUGUACCUCUUCGACAGAUCAACGGCAGAGAUCUUGAGAGAGAAAGUGGCCUUGGCGGCCGGAGAUCAAUGGGUCCGCCGCAGUUCGGGGACACGACACUGACGAAGGUCUUUGUCGGCGGCCUCGCCUGGGAAACCCAAAAGGACGUCCUCCGCCACCACUUCGACAAGUACGGCGACAUUCUCGAAGCCGUCAUCAUCUCCGACAAGCUCACCGGCCGCUCCAAAGGCUACGGCUUCGUGACGUUUAAGGAAGCGGAAUCUGCAAAGAAGGCGUGCGAGGACGCGACGCCGGUGAUCAACGGCCGCCGGGCCAACUGCAACCUGGCCUCCCUCGGGGCUCGCCGGCAGAAGGUCUCGCCGCCGGCCACGCCCGCUACGCUGCAAAACAAAGAAGUUGCGUUUGGGGGAUCGGGAGGAGAAUUGGCAACACAGAGAGCGGCGCAGUUGCCCGCAGCGUGGUACUAUGCGGGUGGACCUACGCAGGGAGUGUCUCCACAUUUCUACCAGCAAUACCCUGGAAGCCUUCCCUUCUAUGCGGCCUCCGGCGCCUAUGGAUAUUCUCCGGCUUAUGUAGCUGCACCAGACUUGGGUUACAGUACAAAGCUGAGCAAUGCUGGCUAUGGAGGAACAUAUCUCCCAACUCAUUUCUCAUAUCAUGGAGGAAUGGCGUCCCCGAACACGAUGAUGCCCGUGUAUCCGAUGUAUCAGCUCCAUCAUCAUCAUCAUCACCACAAAUCUCAAAGCAUGGGAUUCCCCGCAACGCACUUCUUCCCUCAAACAACCACUGGUCUGGUCACCGCCACCCCCGCCAUCAUCACCAAACCCAAAAUUGUUCCACCCCCCACAGUUUGCUUGGCAGUGGAAUAGGUCACAAGUUGCAGCUGGAAGCUGAAGGAGAUGAGGGUCAAGAUUUGACAUAAAAGCAACAACUGAAGCACUGCAUUAUCUGAAGAGGAACUAUUUUUUCUCAUUAGUUUCAUUAGAUUUUAACUGAAUUCAUUUGUUCUAACUUGCUUCACUAUGAAGCAAAUCUGGAAGUCAGAAAUCUGUUUACCAUCAUGUUUUGUGAGGUAAAACUUGUUUGUUGACCAAGUAGAAAUGGUUAACAGGACUGGUUUGUUCUUAAUAACUACACAAUGCAACACUUCAUCUAUUGGUUUUUGUGUUU